GUGUAGCUACGUCAUCAACCUGCGCCAGUAGCGGCAGUAAAUAGAUGGAACGUGACCGGUUCCAGUGAAACUUUUAACUUUAGACUUUUAUUAUAUUUGUUAGUUUUGGUGUGUUCGGGUUUCCCCGCGUGUUUCCGGUAGAAUACCGGGUGUGAGUGACGUGUGAGUGACGCGGUGUGGAGCUGCACGUGCUGACGGUCACUUUCUACUGGUUCACUCUUUACAGGGAAGAUGCCACGAGGAGGGUUACCUGACAGAUGGUUGGAUUAUAAAUCUGUCGGUAAACGACUCGACGGGACGCGUUUCAUCGCCUUCAAGGUUCCUCUCAAGCAGGCUCUGAACCGUCCACUCCCCCGCUCGGACGUGUUCGGCCCCUGGGAGCUGCUGGAGACGCUGAGGUUCGACAACCAGGAGCUGGGUCUGAUCAUCGAUCUGACGAACACCACACGGUACUACAACCUGCAGGACAUGCCCAAUUGGCUGCUGUUUGUGAAGAUCUUCACACGUGGUCAUGAGAUUCCCAGUGACACAACGAUCCUGAGCUUCAAGCGCACAGUUCGCAGGUUUCUACGAGAAAACGCAGAGAACGACAAACUGAUCGGAGUCCAUUGCACCCACGGCCUGAAUCGCACCGGUUACCUGAUCUGCAGGUAUCUGAUCGACGUGGACAGGAUGGAUCCUAAACACGCCAUCGACUUGUUCAACUCGUCACGGGGUCAUGAUAUAGAGAGAGAGAACUAUCUGAGCGAUCUGCAGUGUGGACCGAAGAGGAGUAACAAGGGGAUUGACGAGUUUGAGACGGAGCCACAGAGGGGAGGAGCCACGCAUCGACCAAGUGACGCUGCAGCCGACUGUUACGACAGAGAGGACAGACGAGCGCCCUGUGGUGACUCCUGGGACUACAGAUCCUCUUCCAGAGGAUCAAGCCACCGCCCACAUCAUCGCCCCCCCCACGACGCCCUGCGGCCCGAUCCGAGGCUCCAACCCCCGCUGUUCCACCCUCCACCUCCUUAUCAUCAACCGGCGCGAGCCGCCCCAGCCACAUCGAUGGACACCCGCUCCUCCCAGCCGUCAGUGGAGGGGACCCCCCCGCACAGAGGAGAGUCGGUUCCGACCCGACCAACCCCCCCGCCCACAGGAGAGUCGGUUCCGACCCGACCAACCCCCCCGCCCACAGGAGAGUCGGUUCCGACCCGACCAACCCCCGCUCAGAGGAGAGUCGGUUCCGACCCGACCAACCUGAUCCGUGGUGGAGACAAGGCCAGCAGCCUCGCCCCGUCUCCCGCUACACCCCCCGCUGGAGCAACCAGCCCAACUGAGCGGAUACGACCACUGGUCCGGUCACAUGAUCACAGAACGGUUCAAACUGAUUUUUAUAUUUUCUCGCCGAAAUGACAACGUCUCAUUUUGGUCGUUUUAGUUUUCAUUUAUUCUUAAAAACAUGUUUUAGCUUAAAAUGUAUUUGAGAGGCUGCAGCGUAUUUACAUGUUCAGCACGAUAAAUGUAAAUGAUCCUUUUUAAUACAUUUUAAUUCAAACUAACGUUCAGAACGUUGUGUUCACGCUUGUUGGUGCGAACCCGACACUGGUGCGGUCGUCAUGACAACGAUCACAGUUUCCUGCUCGGGACUCAACGUAGUCGGCUCUCGUGCUGAUGUAGCAUGUUAGCUAACGAUGCUAAAGAGAAGAACACAACCCAGAUUCACCAGCCGACUCCACCUCCUCUUUCACAUUCAUCUGAUUGGCUGGUUCCUCCACAAGUUGAGUUGUGCUUAACUUCAGCUGAGCAACACGACGCAGCGACAGUUCAUCGACGAAUGACGUCGCCACGUUCAAAGUGACUGAGCAACGUUUUCUACGUGAACGUGUGUUACAGCAGAAAUCAAAGACAGACGCUGACUCUACAUCUGGAAUUACAUCAACACUGUGACUCUGGGCAACAGCGCCCUCUGCAGCCGAACGCAAUGAACCGAAACGCUGGAUAUUACCCAUGAUCCUCUGCUUCCUGAACCAGAAGAGCUGCGGCUGUAACAAAUCCACCAAACUCUGUUUAGAAUUCUUCAUGUUUUAAAAGUUUCCUGGUUUUUAAUGAGUUUUAACUGAUCGACAGUUCAGCUUCACUGUGAUUGGCUGCAGACCAGCGAUGUGAUUGGUUGAGAGUGUUCACAGCUGCUGUUUCUUUUCCUCGAGACACUAGUGUGAAUAGCGACGUGCUGAAGUUAACGAGGCUCCAUCAGCUCGGAUCUGUGCCUUCUUCAAACUGACUGCAGUUAAAUGUCAGGCAACAGUUUGGAGCAGAUUUUUUUAUUUUUCGUCUAAAUGCGAUUUUUCUAGGUUUGUCUUUAUCUGUAAUUAAGUCUGUGACUAACGAUCGUCUUCUUCAUUGAUUAUUUCUUCAGUGAAUCAAUGAGGAAUUAAUGGAAUCAGCACCAUCGAACAGGUGCACGUCGCCGGGUUCCACCUUCAGUUCACGCUCAUAAAAGACGCAGCACAUAUUUACACGUGGAACCAGAGAAAAGUUUACAUUUUUAUUUUAUUAUGAACGUUAAAAUUGUUGGUUAUUAAAUUUAUUCCAAUCGA